AUGAAGAGGCAUGUUUCCAAGGUGUGCGUGGUGGCUGCGUAUGCCUGCCAGGAACGCCAGCAGUUGGAGGCAACAGAGCUGCGGAAAGUCUUCGAGGUAAUAAACGCAGGGAAGAGCACGCACAAUGAAGAUCAAGCCAGCUGUGAAGUCCUCUUUGUCAAGAAGAAAGCUGGAGGCGCUAAUUCUACACCAAACAAGAACUCUUCAACAAAACGGAGGUCAUCACUGCCCAAUGGAGAAGGUCUCCAGCUGAAAGACAAUUCGGACACAGAUGGGAUCAACCUGUACUACUGGUCCCUGUUUGAUGGACACGCUGGGUCAGGAGCAGCUGUGGUCGCUUCCAAACUGCUGCAGCACCAUAUCCUGGAGCAGCUGCAGGAGAUCGUGGACAUCUUGAGGAACAUGGCCGUCCUCCCGCCCACCUGCCUGGGAGAGGAGCCUGACAACCCGGCCACCAACCCCAGGACACUGACGCGAGCGGCCUCCCUGCGUGGUGGUGUGGGGGCCCCGGGCUCGCCCAGCACCCCUCCAACACGCUUCUUCACUGAGAAGAAGAUCCCACAUGAGUGCCUGGUUAUUGGGGCCAUAGAAAGUGCAUUCAAGGAAAUGGAUUUGCAAAUAGAAAGAGAGAGGACUGUAUAUAAUAUUUCUGGUGGCUGCACAGCGCUUGUGGUGGUGUGUUUAUUGGGGAAGCUUUACGUGGCAAACGCUGGUGAUAGCAGGGCUAUAAUAAUCCGAAAUGGUGAAGUCAUUCCAAUGUCUUCAGAAUUCACUCCAGAGACCGAACGUCAGCGACUUCAGUAUCUGGCUUACAUGCAGCCCCACUUGCUGGGAAAUGAGUUCACACAUUUAGAGUUUCCACGGAGGGUGCAGCGCAAGGAAGUUGGAAAGAGGAUGCUCUACCGUGACUUCAACAUGACUGGCUGGGCGUACAAAACCAUCGAGGAAGAUGACUUGAAGUUUCCUCUUAUAUAUGGAGAAGGAAAGAAGGCUCGGGUUAUGGCAACAAUUGGAGUGACCCGAGGACUGGGAGACCAUGACCUGAAAGUGCAUGACUCCAAUAUAUACAUCAAACCUUUCCUGUCCUCAUCUCCCGAGGUGAGAGUCUAUGACCUCCUGCAGUAUGAGCAUGGGCCAGAUGAUGUUCUGAUCCUAGCUACUGAUGGACUCUGGGAUGUGCUGUUAAAUGAAGAAGUGGCAGAAGCUGUCACUAACUUUCUACCAAACUGUGACCCCGAUGAUCCCCACAGGUACACGCUGGCGGCGCAGGACCUGGUGAUGCGAGCUCGGGGAGUGCUGAAGGACCGGGGCUGGCGAAUAUCCAACGACAGGCUGGGCUCUGGAGACGACAUCUCUGUCUACGUCAUCCCUUUAAUACACGGGAACAAACAAUCGUGA